AUGAAAGUAGUUUUCAAAUAAUAUAUUAUGCGAAAUUUAUAAAAAACCUUGCUCAGUUUAGUAAUACUGGCUGCAGUACUAGCUACUUUUGUUUAAUGCGAAAUAUCAUAAUAAUGCUAAAAUUCAAUCAUUGGAUGUCAUGAAUGCUAGAUACAAACUUAUAAUGAAAUCACCUCGAUCCAAUGUCUUAGUUGCAUUGCUGGAAUGUUUCUAAUAAGUAGUAGAAACAGUGUAAAUUAAGAAACAUUAUGCACUUUUGAUUGCAAAAGCACCCACUCAUCAAUGAUAAAAGAUACGAUCAAAGCAAAAUGCAUUUGUGAGUUAUAAAUAAUGAAAGUUGUUGUUAAUGAAAUAUUAUUAGGGUGUGGACUUGGCUGUCAGUCUUGCAAUGUUAUCACAGGAUGCGAGAUAUGCCCAGGUGAGAUUUCUAAUUCAGGGUGGGUAGUAUCGGCAUUAAAUGAUUAUCAAGAUUCUUCAAAUUCAAAUUUUUAAAUAUGCCAAAAGAGCUAGGGGGAAAUUUGUAUUCAUGCUGAGAGUUAUGAAGAUUGUUUGACUUGCAAAUAUAGUUAUGGCCAAUAUACCGAUACAAUUGGAAAUCGAAUAUGUCAAACACUGCCAAUAAGGUGCAAUUUUACAUUUGAUGUAAAUACAAAUCUUCCUAUACAAGAAUAAAUAACAGCAUGUGAAGAUGGAUAUGUUGAUCAAUUGACUGGCAAAUGUACCGCAAACUGUGGAAUCGGGAGAUAUGGGUCGAUAUCAUUUAAUUAAAGAGGAUAUAUAGAGACAUCAACAUGUUAGACUUGUGAUGAUAGUUGCUUUGAAUGUGCGGGAUUGACUAUUGAAGAUCCAUUAUUUUCCUUAUAACAUGCUAUUUCAAAAGCCUAUGAGUAUGGAGCACCAUUCAAAAGUGCAAAGAUUACUAUUUUACUUAUCUCUGGAAAGGUUCAUUCAAUGCUCAGAUAUGAUGAAAAUCAUUUCUUAUACUAAGCUUAUGAUUAAAACUCAUAAUCAACAAAGAUUAUCAUUGACACUACCGAUGCUACUUUGGUAACAGUGAACUAUAAAUUGAGAGAUCAGUUUAAAUUUAUGGUAGGAGCUGGCUUAGUAAUAAACAACAUUGCCUUUGAUGCUAUUGAUUCAAUAUUGGAUUAAAGAUAAGGUUUAAAUCUUAGCCUGAUAAAUGAUGAAGAGUACAUAUGUUUAAAUGAUCCUUUCUAAAACUGCUGCAAAGUAGUUUAUAACUCUGCCACAAAUAUAGCAACUAUCGAUGGAAAGAGCUUUUGCUAAUUCAAAUACCCUCCAAAUGAUGAAUGCCAGCUACCAAUAGGAACUUCUUUUAUUUAAUUUGACAUAUCAAGCUAAACUCUGCUUCAAAGUCCAUAGACCCUUUAAUUAAACAAUGUUGAAUUCAAUAAUUUUAUCUAUGAUUUUAAUACAUUGAUUGAGCUUAAUGACUUUGGAGGCUUCAUCGAGAUGAACUCAGUUUUAAUUAAUAACAUAAGUUCAUGUGGGGCAAUCAUCAGAAAUAAGCGAUUCGAUUAGAUCUACGAAAAUUUAUUGCAGAAAAAUGGAUUUUUAAGCUUAGAUUUAUUGCACUCAAUUUAAUUUGAACAGAGCCAACUGCCUGAAGAAAAUAUAUUUUCUACAUUUUGCGGGGAUUCUAAUUCAUAACUUGAAUAAAGAUGCUUUGGGAUUAUGAUAUCAGGUACUAUAGUAAAUAACUAUAAUAAAUUGUCAAAUUUCUCAAAAGUUCCUCUCUGGGUGAAUGAAAAACUGAAAAUGAAGCAUUUUGGGCUUGUUCUUGACCUUGAAAAUUUCUAGGGUCAUAUUAAAUUAGAAAAUUCAUUGUUUAAUACUAUAAUGGCGGUUCAUCCAAGCAAUGACUAUGGAAUUAGCUUGCAUAAUAAUGUACCAUUAAUUAAAGACAGCUAUUCAAACUAUGGAGAUAAAUCUUCUAUUUAAAUUAAAUCUACUAUAUCAAUUGUCAAUCAUGGAGAUUAUUAAGUCAACCUGAUUAACAAUAAUUUUUAAUUGAAUGCAGCUACAAAAGGAAUGCUGUAUUUUGAUAUGAAUUACAACAGAGAGUCUGUCAAUAAACUAUAAAUUGUAGGAAAUUUUUUCAUAAAUAACUUUGGUUUCAUAAUGAGCAACGCUAUCUUUAUUCGAGCUCGAGGGACUUAAUAAGUUGAUGUUUACAGCAAUAGUAAUUAAGACGACUCAUAUUGUACUGGAUAUUAAAUUAAUUAGAACUAUUAUAAUAAUAAUGUUGGGCUUUUUGCCGUUUCCGGUGGAUCAGUGUAUCUUGAGUGCGUUAACUACUAAUAAGAGGAUAAUGAACCAAAUGGAAGGAUUUUCCUUCCAGAAUAGACGAUAAAUUAAUAGGAAGAUCACACGUUAAAUGAUAACUUGCAUGAAGAUUAUAGUUUAUCUAUUGUAGAAAACACAUUCGACUCAAACACUGCAGCAGAUGGUUUAGGAAUAUUAAAUGUGAUUAACUUUCCAUCAGUACUAAUAAACUUUAUAUUCUUUACAAAGAACACUGAAGCAAUCUAGGAAUCGCUUUCAAAUAUUGCAACUUCAUUAAAUGCUAAUAGCAUUAGGCAUAUUAUUAAGAGAUGUUACUCAAAGUGUCAAAAUAACAGAUUUGAAAAUUGA